AUGGCGAAAGAAACCAUCAGCAACUCCACCCAGUCUGAAUCGGAGAGUACAGGGGAACUCGACAUCAAGUAUGCCCCGCGUGGGUCUAUCUGCGCCGUCCGAAAUCUUUAUCAAACUCGGCUCGGCGAGGAUGGAGAGACAUCAUGGACCAGGUACCUGCCUGAGACAUUGAUCAAGCCCGUCGAGAACGACGAAUCUGCACAAUAUGUACUCAUUGUCCGGAACGUCAAGUGUUAUGAUGGACGGAAGAGCCUGUCCAUUCACUCGGUCAUCGUGCAAAGCGAGCCUCUAAAGACCUUCUUGGGGAAAGUCCUCCAUGGUUACCCCGGAGUGACCACUUCCCUUGAGCGCCUUGAAUUCCACACGCCAUUCAGACCGCUCGUCCAUCGAUGGGAGAACUUCAUCAAGGUCCGAGAUGAGGAGGAGCUGGAUUCAACUACCAAAGAACAUGUCGAGCUCUUCUACAAAUUUUUCGAAGAAGAACUGAGGGGCACGCUUGCGCGCAAGAAGGACCUGAUUCAAAACGCUGUCAUCACAAGCCCCCUCCUAUGGACUCUCUUCGAGCCCGACGACAUAGUCAUUAGCAAUAGUGACUUUCCGCGGGGGUAUCUCUUUUCUAAGGCUUCAAUUAAGAGCCAGACAAAUGAUUGGGUCCUUACUUGCAAAUACAUUGACUUCGACGGCAAAAAGUUCGGUUACAGUGAGCAGGAGGUCCUUGUGGAUGAUUUCAUUGGAACCAAACCCAUCACGUCUCUGCCAAUCUAUCCUCUGAAGUAUCAUUCGAAGAGGGACACAGUGCGUAAGACGCUUAUUUCCCAGGGCAAGUGCUGGGAGGAGCACAAAGGGUACCAUUACAUGCAAUACGAAGGCUUGGCUCUUGGAUUAUCCGAGUACGGACAGGCCAAACAGUUCCACGUCAAAAGCCGCAUCAUUAUCGACGCUGAGGCAUUUGGUGUCUUUGAUUCGGAUGGUUCUAUCCAUGUCUUUGGCAAGGAUAUUGCCGAGGAGCUGACCGACGAGCAGCGGAUGAUCACUUCGGAUAUGGUGUAUGGAUACUCUUUGAUUGAUAAGGAGUGGCUGCAAUUCUAUCUUCGCAGUGUGUCGGAGAUCGAAUGGGACUCUCACGCCUUUGAAUCUCUCGUCCUCCCUCGGGAACAGCAAGACCUGAAGGAUCUGCUUUUGGCAGUUGCCAGAGCUCAGUCCCAACAGCUGGACAACUUUGACGAUGUUGUCCGCGGCAAAGGUCGUGGAAUUAUCCUACAACUCCGUGGCCCGCCAGGUGUGGGUAAAACUUUGACUGCAGAGAGUGUGGCCGAGGUGAUGAAGGUUCCGCUGUACGCCAUGAGCGCAGGCGACCUAGGCACUCAUGCAGAUGCAGUCGAACACAACCUAAAGAACAUUCUCCGCAUGGUUCCCAAAUGGGGUGCAGUUCUCCUCCUUGACGAAGCCGACGUCUUCAUGGAAACUCGCUCUUCAACUGAUCUGGAACGCAACGAACUGGUGUCUAUUUUCCUACGGAUGCUAGAGUACUACGAGGGCAUUCUAUUCCUGACGACCAACCGUGCAGAGCAGAUCGAUCCGGCAUUCGAGUCUCGGAUCCACCUGUCACUGAAUUACAAGGAACUGGACUCUACUUCCCGACGGCAUAUUUGGCGCCAGUUCUUGGGCCGCUCUCCUAACACGACUGCGUUCUCGGAUGAAGAGCUUGAUCAGCUGGCUGUGCCGCAGCUAAAUGGGCGACAGGUCAAGAAUACGAUCAAGACUGCCAGCUUGCUGGCCUGGUCUCAGCAGAAGGAGUUGGGGUUCCAGCAUAUUCAGGUGGUGCUCUAA